AUGCGCAUGAAGGCUCUGCUCCUCUCUGACGCCUUCUUGCUUCUCGCUACGUUAGCUUGCAUGGGGCUGGUCAUCUGUGAUAUCCUCACAUACAAGGCUGGGGCGAUGUCCAACUUCACAGACCCGAGAGUCUCCAUCCUCAAGGUCAGGUUUGCUACAAACUACGUUUUCGACGUUGGUCUAUACUUUCCGAAGUUCAGCAUACUGGCGUUCUACUACAUGAUCAUCCCCAUAUCAGCGCCAGAAACUCGGACGGCGUUGCAUGUUUUAACUGUUUUCGUCGUAUUGUCGACUAUCAUAACCUUUUUUGGGGAUACAUUUUGGUGUGGCCCUAAUCCCGCUGUUAACUGGCGGUUACAGGAAGUAUUCGUUCUGCCCUUGCCGAUUAUCCGCAACCUAAAGAUUCCGCGCAAGCGAGAGCGAGCUGGUCUUUUGGUACUCUUUCUGCUAGGCGCUAUCACCAUUGCCGUCAGCGCUGCCCGAUUUAUUGCUAUGCUAAUGGUCGCGAACAACAUUGCCAUCUGUAAUACUGCCACUCUAUGA